AUGACGCAACUCGACUUGGGUCGAGCCACCCUCCGAAUCCGGGGCUCAAAGCUGCAGCUUCACAUCACCGCAACAGCUCACUUCAAUCAAUUACAGACCAACAGUAAGAUAGAAAGACAAGAAAGCCUCUCCCAACCGUCUGAUUUUGAAGGUAUUUGGGUCACAGAGGCACCAGAGAUGGAACUGCGCUUCUUCUUCAACAGUGACUGGACGCUGAAGGACACAGUCAACACAUUCGUUUCUGAGCUGGAAAACAAGCUUUGUGGGCUGAAAGUUUGGUCGGACCUCGGAUUCUCGGCUGGACUCAACGUUGAACAUGGCGGGGGGAUUGAUACUUCAGGAACCCAGUGUCUCAAACUUGUCUUACGAAGAGAGCAUAAGACACAAAGCCAUAAAAGGGGUUGGAAUUUGCCUAUUGUGAUGGCAAAUCCCCCAGAUGUGUGCCCACCUCCGGAUGUGCUGUCGGCUACUUUGGUCUCAAUUAAUGUCUCUCUGGAGUAUUGCCUUCAGGAUGAGAACAUGAUACAAACCCAAGACUUUGUCGACUAUGGGUUUGGAAUUUCCCAAAGAAAUUUGCCAGAUCUUCUUACCUUUGAAUCAAGCGCCGAGGCGACAUUGCAGCCAGAAAUCUCAUCCUCGAUGCCUGGAAAUAUUUGGCUCGAUACAAUGCACCACGAGACACUUUCUCAAUCGCUCGAAUCCCAUAUCUUUCAUACAUCGGGGAGCAGGCCAAACCCAUCCUGUGAUGACUUUUUUCAACUCUUCGAGCUCGGCAUGCGAAUGCUGGUUAUCUCCAACCCAAUAAAGGACCCCAAAACUCGCAUCUUCAAGGAUGCAACACUCAAAUGUCUUCCAGAUAUAGCCCCUGCAGCGUUUAACGCUGGGCAUCGAGAGACAAUCAAUCAACGAGGAGUUACUAUCCCAAUUAUCACAAAAGCAAUCUCGAUCAUGCUCAAUGGAAGCCAGAGCCGCUCCAUCGAGGACAAAUUGCCAAAUCUUCUACUGUCUCCUCCCUCGUACGUUAGUUACCCCGCGACAAGCCCCCAAGUAGCAAGUUUAAGGGCUGCCAUCCAUUUUCGACUUUGGCGUAUAGCCCAGGAAAAUACACGCAAGUCGAAGCCCCUCCAAAGAAAGUCAUUGAAGUUUCCUACUACUCCAUCGGACAGAAAUAUGGAUCCGCCACAGGAUACUGCAUGUCCUUGGUUUCUGGAUCAGCAGAACCUUAACAGCUUGUCUGGUACAUGUCCCAACUACCAAAUUCGGCAAAGCGAGGAGAGUGAAGUCAACUUUGCGAGUAUUUUCAGUCAUUCCAGCUGCCAAACUGAGUCCGAGGGUCAGCUUUUGGACGAUUGCAGUGAGACGAGUUUCACAGACAUUGGUGAAUCAACCCAAACAUCUCUUGAUACAUUGUUCUCCGCAGCUUUAUCUUCUCAGACUGCUGAGAUUGAUGAUGAGAAUAUGCUGUUAUCGAACUACAGGGGACUGGCAAAAUAUGGGGACGGACUUGUGACUGGCUCGUAUUCUCGAGGGAAAAUGGAGACCCAUGAUGCAGAUAUAUUGAUGUUGGAUGGGUUUUAG